AAGACGUUUUACGUUUCUGCAAAACCCUAGAAGAAGAAAUUAGGGUUUAGAGAGAGAGAGAGAGAGAAAUGGGGGAGAGAGAUGACUAUAAGUUUCUUGAAUUAAAGGACGCCAUUGCUUCUAUUAAUCAAAAAGUUAACUUGAUUGGCGUUAUCAUCGAGUGUGGUUUCCCUAAGGGAACUAGAGGAACUGAUUGUUUCUGCACAGUAAAGAUUGUUGAUGAAUCGUAUCAGAAACCUGGGCUUCCUGUUAAUAUGUUUGCUGAGCAUUUUGGAAUGCUUCCUCUUAUAGCCUCAUUUGGAGAUAUAAUUCAGCUUUCCAAUGUUAUGAUGAAAACUCAUGGUGGAGAAGUAUAUGCUGUUUUUAAUAAGAAGUCCUCUACCUUUGCUGUAUAUGAUGGAAAAGGUGGCGAAUAUGUUCCUUAUCAAACUCAUCUGAAAUUUAUCCAGAGAGACCUAGACAAGAAGUUCAUAGCAGGCCUGAGAAAUUGGUUUAUUGAUUUUCAGAUUGAUGAAGAUUCAAAAAACUUCUCAUUGGUGAGAGAACUCAAGGAACGUAGAUUUGUUGAUUUGGCCUGCAAGGUAAUUCAUGUCCAAGAGUUUAAAGGUGAAUGGAUGACCUUCCUUUGGGAUGGAACUGAUACCCAACCAAGUAGUAUUCCUACGAGGCUAGAAGAUGAAAGGAACAAUCCUCUUCCCCUACAACCAGAACUAUUGCAUUUGUCAAGAGAUAUAUUAGGUACUUUUCCUGCUCUCGGAUCUGUCUUGAGGGUGGUGUUUGACCAAGGUACUAAGAAGCAUGGCCUUCACUUGCUACAUGUUGGGAAGUGGAUGAAGUUUGUCAAUGUAUAUUGUAAGGUAAAUGGAGGAUUAUGGCAUGGUUCAUUUACACCUUCAACAAAGUUUAGAUAUACUCAUGACAGGGACCGUCUUGUAUUAGAGCGCCAAAGGUUAUAUAAUGAGCGGUUAGGUAUGAGAUAUGGGCGAAAUCCAUACUGGAGCUUUCCGUGGACUUCUCCUAUAACGGAGGUUGACUACAAAGAUGUACCAUUUGUUACUUUAAUGGAUGUUCUUACCUAUCCAGAGGUUACAGCUAAGUUCCUAUGUGUUGUACGGGUAGUAGCAUUGUAUCCAUGGCAGGCUAAAGAUUUCUGUUCUCGUGGAAUUUACCGAGUUAGGCUGACCUUAGAGGACCCAACUGCCAGAAUUCAUGCAUAUUUAUAUGGGGAAGAUGGUAAUAAGUUUUUUGGUGAUCAACUUGCCAUUGAUGUACUGACGAAGAAGCGAAAUGCAUUGCUUGGAGUGGCUACAAAUGAUGUUGGAAAGCAAGUGGAGGAUGAUGCUAGAAAUCCACCAUGGGUGCAAUGUUGCCUGAAAUCUUAUUAUUUGGAUAAAUCUGAUAUUUGGGGAAGUCGACAGUAUCAAAUAUUUGGCACUAGAUUGGUGGUUGAUUAGGAUAGAUAGUCAUUGUCUUGUAUUUUGGUUGGAAAUUGUAUAGUAUGUUAGUUUUUAGUUAACAAUACUCAUCUAAAAAAAAUCAAUCACAAGGGCAUUAGGCAUAGUCGGUGUGAAUGAAUUUUGACUACUAGGUAUUGGUGCAAUUUAAUAUUGAAUCUUGAACUUGGAAUUGAAAUAUUGGCCAAUCUUCUCU